CAUGCGCACGACGCGUUGUCUGGCAGUGGUAAACAGACGUCAGAAGGGAGUCUUCGCCUCGAGUCAAAACAAAACAAGAAAGAUCUACGAGGAAUAGCUGUUUGUGUAUCUCUAUUAACAACAGACGAGAAACUAUUUCGCAUUGAUUUCAAGAGACGACCAAGUUAUUGAAAAUAAGCAGGUUUCUUCGACUUUUACCGGAGGCAUUUUAACUCAUAAAAACUGGAGUUGGCUAACUAGUUACUCUUUCUGUAGUAAAACUACGCUUUUGAGUUUUGUCCCAGAGGCCGAGAGGCCGGCGAUUGCCAAGAAGCGGACGGGCUACAACGUUUUGUCUUUUUGAAGAACACAUCGACUGUAGUGGGGUUUGGGAAGGCUUCAGCGGGACGGACACGUUCGGCUUAGCUGUGCCCGCGCGAGCAUCGUGUGUAGCUGCGUCUCGAGGAACAUGGCAGAUGGUGACACGCGCCAGCAGCACACAGCGUGGAGGACCGUGCAAACUUGAACGACAGUAACAGAGAUUUUUUUAUUGUACGGUAAAAAACAAAACAAACAUAAAACAACCCGUUCGAGCACUCCUGUAAGAUGUUAUCUUGUUGUUUUUUUUAAUGUAAAAUUUUGAUCGUGAUUAAUUCAGUUUAAGAGCAUUUUCCCCCGUAGGGCUUCUUUUAGGGAAUUUAACAUUAUUGCUCAACGCACUUGAGAUAGGAUGUACUUUAAGCCUCGCAUUUAUUUGUUUUACCUUAAUAAUGGAUCCCAAUAAAAAAAUGAAAUGGCUAUGUUGACUUUGACAGGCAGCUCUAACAAGUAAUUUCCAUUCACUUGACUUCGUUUACAAGUUGCAGUAUUCCUAGAUUGUACAGAAAUACAACACUCAGUUUACGUUGUACGAAGCGUAUUAAGCUGGUUUAUAGCUUUUUGUAAAGUUCCUCCGUUUGUCUGCCCUGUUUUUCUUUCUUUCCUUGUUCUAAAGUCUAAUUGCGAAAACGAAUCAACCAAUCGCUGCUAUAGGAAGGAACCAGUUGGAGUUGGAUACUUUAGCAAUUACGGCGCAUGCUAUGAUUGGUUUUGCUAUUUCACUUAUUUAACUGCUUCGGCAAUGAUUUUUUUAUUUGUAAAAAGGUGUUUAAUUUUCCAUGAAAAUUCAUAGAUUAUCUCCUCACUCCAGCGCGUCCUCUAUCCUGAGUUUUAUUUCAGUAGUUGCUCUUGACAAUCCAGCUGUUUUGAUGUGUAGUGAAUUUCCUUUGUUCCUUCUACAUAAACAAAGAGACCCCCAUUCUAUCCUCGUUUGCUCUAUUUAAAUCAGAUGGUUUAUGUUAGUUACUAUUAAGGAGAUUAUUUGCCCCCUUUAAUCUUCAAUCUGAGGAUUAACUGGCGCUAUAAUUGGUGUGUUCAGAUUAUUACGAAUUUGCUGUUACCAUAGGCAGUCACGGUUAAAUUUAGUCAAGGAACUAUACAAUAUUAUUCCUAAAAAAUUGUCGUCACUAAACAAUAUUAUUUUACUUAAUUAUUAUUAUUUUAAUUAGUUAUACAUAGUCAUACUCUUACUUUAAUCGCCCAGUUGGUGUAUUGCACCGUGUUUUUAAAAGCAUCGCCCCAAAACUAUUUCACUGAAAUCCAGCCUUCGUCUGAAAAUAUCUGGAUUGCUUCCCACAAUGGAGGAAGAAAACGUACCCCCGAUUGACCCAGAUUUUGAGCCGCAGAGCAGACCGAGGUCAUGUACAUGGCCAUUGCCUAGACCCGACAUCUCAUCUGUCAAAGCCGGGGGGGCAGACGGCACAGAGUCCGCUGCUGGAACUCCUCCCGCCGAAGAAGAUAAACACGAGCCUCAGCCAAUCAUAUCCGAGCCUGAGAAAGUCGCGCUCCCCGAUGGCGGGGUCGUCGUUGGAGUGGGCGGGGCCACGCCUCGAAAAGGCACUUCACGCCGUAAUGCUUGGGGUAAUCAGUCCUACGCAGAUCUGAUCAGCCAGGCGAUUGAAAACUCGCCAGAAAAACGACUUACACUAGCGCAGAUCUACGAUUGGAUGGUAAAAACGGUGCCGUAUUUUAAGGACAAAGGAGACAGUAACAGUUCUGCUGGAUGGAAGAACUCCAUUCGCCACAAUUUAUCACUCCACAACAAGUUCCUGCGAGUCCACAAUGAGUCCACGGGAAAGAGCUCUUGGUGGAUGCUCAACCCUGAGGGUGGCAAGACCGGCAAAGCCCCGCGCCGCCGCGCCACCUCCAUGGACAACAGCAGCAAACUGCUUAAAAGUCGUAUGCGAGCAAAGCAGACUAAAAAGCAAGCUGGAGCAACUGGGAUUGGAGGCUCUGGAGCUACCCUGCAGGGUGAGGGUGCUUCCGGCACCAGCGGUGCGGACAGUCCUGGGACUCCGGGUCAGUUUGGAAAGUGGGGCGUGAACAGCAGCAGCCCUUCCUCUCGUGGCAACCUGGAUGACCCCGACAUGUGGACAAGUUUCAGGCCACGCACAAGCUCCAAUGCCAGCACCCUGAGUGGUAGGCUUUCUCCCAUUGCCACAGGGCAGGAGGACGAGGAUGACCUACCUGAGGAUGGCCUGCUUGGUGGCUAUUCUACAGGGAAUCUUCCCCCAACACUAACUGAGACCCUCAUGGAAGAACUGGAUUUGAUUGACGGGCUCACUUUAAUGACUGGUUCACAAGGGGGUGCGAGCCCAAGCACGGCUCCCCCUGCCCCGCCUCAACCUCUACCCUCUGCCUCCACUCUGCUGCCUCGAGGGUCCAGCUUUCCCUCAUUUAGGCAGCUGCAACCAACAAAGGCUUUGCAGGGAUCCACUCCAUCAGGUCCGCAGAACUCGGUUCAACCCACCGCCAGAUCCAGCACAAGCCCUUCCAGCUUUGGAAACUCCCUCUUCAGCCCUCUGCCUGGUCCUGGUCACAGUGGGUUCAGCGCUCGCGUGCCCUCCAGCCUCGAAGCUCUCCUGACCUCUGAUUCGCCCCCACCAAGCGAUGUCAUGAUGACCCAGAUGGAUCCUCUAAUGCCUAGCCAAGGAGGUGGUGGCCUUUUGGGGCUUGCAGCAUCUAUUUCCAGCAGCCAAGCCAAAGCAGGUCAGAUGAUGUUGAGCAAAGGCAUUGACACAAGCACUGUGGGGCAGAUGAGCCUUCAACCUCAAUCCCAACUCCAGCACUCACAGAUGGGCUUUGGAAUGAUGCACUCACCCAUGAACCAGGAAGCGCCUCAGCUCGCAACCAUAAAGAACCAGCAUCAUGUGCCAGGCGCUGGGCUUCUGCAGCAUGGAGCUGUUCCGUCAUCUAGUGGGAACGGAGGCUUGCAAGGUCUUGGCCAAUUUGCGUCAGUGCCCUGUUUCAUGCCCUCCCAGGACCGUCUACCUACAGACUUGGAUAUUGAGAUGUUCACUGAAAACCUGGACUGCGAUGUGGAAUAUAUUAUCAACAGUGAUCUUAUGGAUGGAGACUUGGUUGACUUCAACUUUGACCCCAUCAUACAGGGUGGGCAGGGCUAUUCUGGACCAGCGACCACACAGAGCUCCUCCCAUAACUGGGUGCCCAGCUAACUCCAUUUAAUGAUGAGAACAGGAUUGUCCCUCAUCCUUAAAACAACUUUGAAAACAGAUGUGGCACAUUGCCAGAAAAUAUUCUACAUUUUUUGCCUCUGCAUUUGCCAUUGUACCUCAAAUACAUAAACUGUUUUGGCUAAGGACAACACACACUUGGCCAAGAAGUCUUUUGUCAGAAUUUUCAAUAAGAUGACAAAAUCAAACCUCAUACUUGUCAAGUGCCAAUGUCGACUGAAGAGUGUGCUGUUGGACACAGAGAACAUGAUCUUGAAACAGUUUUUCACUUGUCUUAAAUGUGCAACUGUUUUUUUUUUUAAGGUGCUGUUUUGGCCAAUCUUGGACUAAAGAAGCACAACUAAUAAACAGCUAAUCAUGUUUAUUGCAUUAAGGCCUAUGAUGUGUAGUAUAAGAUGGAGAUGGUACUCCUCCUUGAUCUUCUUCACACUGAUAAUGGAAGUCAUUCAGCCAGGAGGAUCAAACUCUGCAGCUUUUCUUGAUGUGAACUCUUGCUCGUUAAACAGCAGUGGAGAAGUCCGAGAAGCCGCGAUUUCUGCAUUGAUGGAGUGACUUGCUGUUGCUCAGCACCCCUCUGAGUAUGAAAACAACAUGGCACCACAGGAAUGUUAAGUUGAGAACAACAUUAAGUGGCGAUGGUUGCAACAACCCCUGAACACAGAGCAGCUGAACUGUUACGCCGUGCUUUUAAAAGCGCGCUCUCAACGAUACGACGCUUACUUGAGCAUUAAAGGGCUGAAACGUUGCUGAAAGUUCCAAGGUGUUUGGUGACACUGGUUCAAUGUGCAAUUAGCUUUACUUUUAUGACCUCUGCUCUCAAGGGGUUUUUCCUGUGAUGUGUUGAAGAGGCUGAUAACUAAAUGAUGAUUUAACUGUCUACUCUCAAGUGUUUGUUUGAUAACAACAGUAUGAAGAAAUGUGAUUUUUUUUCACAGGGCAUUUUGAUGCAUUUUUAAUCCUGCCAACAGGUUAAAUGGCAUAGUGUUAUUGUUGGAAACUCUGUGCCCUUUUGCAGAAUACAAUAUCUGAAGAUUUUUUUUGUGUGUGCUGGAGGGUGUGUGUGUGUGUACAUUGUGUGCGUGCAAAUAUGUUUAAUGCUCCCGAAACUAAACUUGAUUCCAACACACUGACAGAAUUCAAAGUUAUGGUGCAAAAUUUCAAUAAGGCACAAAAGAAAGUUAAAUGUGAAUCUUGAAGAAACAUGGCUACAAUAAUGAGAUGUUCUGGUUCCUCUGGCACGUUUGACUUUGUCCAAAGAGGCACAGAAGAAAAAAAAAAAAAACUAUUUUCUCAUAGAUCAGUUUUUCAUAAACUAAUCAUAAAAUAAUUUUUCUAAUUUAGAUUGGAGAGUUAUCAUUAACAGACUAAUAAAAAAAACAUGCUGUUAAUGAGCUUUUUUUUAACAGUCAUUUUCUAUGUAAUCUUUUAUUUUUGUAAAAGAUUAGAUGCAUGUAGAUUUUAUACAAUAACCAAAGGAACACUAAGGACUGCAUGUUGGAUGGAUGGACGGAUCGCAGUACGAAUAAGCUUUACAAAAUCUUUCCGAAAAAUUAACAUGUAAACUAAAUCUUAAUUUGAUUGGUUGCAUGAUUACGUUUAUCAGAAUACAAUGCUCCAAAAGUUAAAAUAUGCUAUAAUUGUGCUAAAAAAAACUUUCUAGGCAAUGAUAUCAUCUCAAAAUUCAAGACUGGUCCAACCGAAUAGGAUUAAUCCAAUGUUUCACUCUCAGGGUUAUGAAAAAUAAUGAUUACCUUCUGUAAGGAAGUAAUGAGAUAAUCAUGUUAUGACUUCGAUUGCUCACGGCUUUGUCUAAAUUAUGAGUCAUUUAUGCAAGCCAAUAUCACAGAUAUUUUACCAUUGGAGAAAUAUAUGUAAUGUCACAGUUUAUAAUGAGAGAUUUAAUGUAUGCUUUUUUCCUACAAAAACUUGUAAACUGCCAAUGAACACUAUAGCAUGUCGCUCACGAUCGAACCAUACAGUUUUUAUGCCGUUUUCUUUUAAACUUUCAACUUACCUUUUCUGUAAUAGAAGGGUUAACUUUUAUUUGAUCAUUUUCUCAGAUGGUUUUUACUCUUUUAGUUUAAAACCAGCAGUCUGAAUGUUUAUUCAUUUUAGGGGUGUAUAAAUUGGCUUCAGUUUGAGAGCUUGACAUUAGUUACUCUUUUGACAUCAAUGUAAUGGUCUAAGUAAGUACAUAAGAUUAACUUAAAAUGCUCUCUCCUUACAAAGGAAUAAUUUUUAUCCUAUUCAUUGGUGCUAGAUAUUAAAUAUGACAAUUAAAGAGGGCCAUAUUUGAUUGGUGCAAAUGUAGAUAUCAGGGCCUUUAAUAAUUUUAUGCAACUCAUAUUGAAUACAAUUUCUUAAUGUAGAACAUAGUAUGAUACAUGUACCUUUGUUUUAAUUCCCAAACUCUCAGUUUUUCUAUUCAUUAUAAAAGAAGCUGUGAAUGGGGAGGGAAAGACUUUGCCAUCUCACCACAUAUUGUGAAUGGCGUCAGCGUGGUGUAACGUUUGAUACAGCAACUGAUGAUUUCCAAUCAACCGUUUACAUUGAUGUUCUUGUCUUUUGGGGCAUCGUUUCUCAUGUUUUUAUGUUUGUACUUGUAAUGCAGCUUGGUGCAUGGUACAUCUUCCAGAAAGCUUUAGGCUGACAGUCACCUUUGGCAUUUUCUUUUGUCAUUUAAAUGUGUUGAUAUAUGUUGAAUUUUUAUGAUUAACACCCUGGCUUAGUUUUAUUUCUCAAAGUACAAAUAUUGUAUUUGCCCCAUCAGACAGACAUCACAGGGCUGCUGCAUGAAAUGCAGGAAUUCCACACCUUCCCUCUUUCCAAAUCACAAUCUCUCUUUCCUUGUUUGAUAUUAUCCCUUUUCCCUUUAGUAUUCAUUCUUUUAGUUCCUUUAUUUUUUUCCAAGAGUUUGCUAAGUCUCUCAGUUGAUAACACAGGACAUUAGUUUAUGGUCUGGGUUGGGUUUUUCCUCUGUUUUUGUUUUGGGUUAUGGCGGGAUGGAAGACUGACGAGUUGUGCAUAGCCAAUAUACUGUAUAUGUACUUGAUUGGUUUUUUGGUUUUCUUUUUUUUUUUUUUGUCCCCGCCCCCAUAUUUUGUUAGUAAGAGGCCAUUGGAAGCAGUAUAAAUAAACCUAAUCUGUUUAACGGA